GCAACCUCUCCGUCCCUCCCUCCGGUAACUCCCUGCUCAAAAACAAGUGGACCGUGCCUGCUAGGGGGGAUAAUGACACAGAGAGAACGGGCUCGUGAUGGUCUUCACUGAUGCGGCUUCUUGGGCUCUGGGAGGCUGACUACAAGUUGGACUGCAGCAGGGGGUUUCUGACAAGUUCUCAAGUUACUCCAAAACACCAAUGGAGGUUUUAAGGAUGUUUUGAAGACUGGAUGACAAAAACCUACAACUAUGCUCCUCAGAUUAUGGUGGACAGGGCUUGUGUCCAGGAGGAAGCAGGACGUGGGGAAGAUAUGGAUUUGCCUACGGAUGACCAUCUCAUGAACUUGAAGGCCUUGACGGAGAAAUUAAGACUGGAGACCAGGAGACCUUCUUACCUUGAGUGGAAAGCCCGGCUCGAGGCAGACAGCUCCAGAGAGUCAGGAACUGGAAAAGGCCCGAUCCAGGAUGAGCCUGAAGGGAAAGUAGUCACUUGCAAAGAGACUGCAGUGAACUCUGAUGUGAUUCAGUGCAAGUUGCCAUCAGGUGUCCUGAAGGGAUUUGGGAACAUCGAUGAAGCUCUCAGUUGGCUGAGGAGAGAACUGACAGACAUGCGCUUGCAAGACCAGCAGCUGGCAAGGCAGCUCAUGAGGCUCCGGAACGACAUUCACAAGCUGAAGAUAGAGCAGACGUGCCACCUGCAUCGCCGGAUGCUCAAUGACGCCACCUUUGGCCUUGAGGAGCGGGAUGAGCUGGCGGAUCUGCUGUGCGAAUGUCCGGUCACCCCGGGGCUCGGCCUCUCUGCCCCGCUGAGACUCAUCGGCGUCACCAAGAUGAACAUUAACUCUCGUCGUUUCUCGCUCUGCUAGUGAACCCUGUUUUACAGUCCCUAUAAUUUACAGAGAGAGAUUUAGGUAAUGUAUAUUAUUUAGAAAGAAGAAUUUGAAUGCUGUAGGUACAUUCUGUAUAUAGUGUUCCCAAAACCGCAGCAGAUUUUAGACCUUUAGCACCAUCAUGACUUGAAACAGAAUCAUUUUUUUAACUAAAGUAAAGCAAACUUACUGUAUUUCUGUCCACUUAUCAGUUUUAUUGUUACCAGUUACCCUAAAUAUUUCCAUAUACUUUCAUUUUGCUGGGGAUGUCGUGGUUUCUAUCUACAAGUACAGAUUCAAUAUUUUAAAUACAUUUUUACUGCAUACAGACCCCUGUAUGAUGCUUUCAGUGACAGUCAAGAUUUCUUUUGUUAAUCUAAAUGUUUUCUGAUUUUAAAAAGAUGUCUUAAUAUUGAUACAAAUAGUACACUAUACUGUACCCAAUGUAUAUUUGAGUUAGCGUGUUGUAGUAUCAAUUAGCAAAUAUUGCUUUUUUGUAGAAUAUGCUGAAAAUGAUUUUUUCUUUAUAAUGCUUGUCAAAUUGCACUAGUUGGUAAACUCAUAAUGGUUUCAAGUAUUUUGCAGAAGGUUACUUCUUAUAAGUAAGGAUGUAUUUGGCAAUUGGUUGGAGCUUUGCCCUUAUUAUGUUGUAAAUGUUGAGGUCCAGCCUGAAAGUAAGCAUCUGAGAUGGCAUUGUUUGUUUGAAACAAAUGCAUGGUUUAGUUUCAUGGAUAAACAUUGAAUUUUAA